AUGGUUAACCAUUCUGUAAUAAUUAAUUAUAAUAGUAGAAGUAGUAGUAAAAUAGUAAAUAAAAGUGUUAAAAGUCAAAAAGAUAAUAUUGUAGUACAAUCAAAAUUAGAUCAACAACAACAACCACAACAACAUAUUAUACAAUAUCAUAAAUCAAUUAGACCGGAUUUAGAUAUCGAUGUUUAUCGAUCACCGUUGUUAACAACGGAUGAAGAGAAACCGCUAUUCGAAUGUCCCUAUUACGAUUUGGUUUAUACUUGGGUGAACGGAAGUGAUCCUGAUUUCAUAGAAUCGAUCAGCAAGUAUCGCGACAAAGUCGGUGCCGGCCUAUACAGAGAUGUCAAAGGUUUGCAAUACUCUUUGAGAAGUAGUCACCUGCCCGUUUUCAACUCGGUUUCGAUCGAGUCGAAUUUCUUUAAUCUUCCUGACAAGGUCGCCGAUUGCUUUAUCUAUUUCAACGACGAUAUUUUCAUUGCCAACGAGUUGUAUCCCGAUGAUUUCAUCGAUGACGAGAAAGGCCUGGCGUUGCACUACUCCAAUUGGACGGUUCCUCUGCCACCGUCUCGUCAGAAUCACACGUGGCAUCGCUCGAUCGAACACUCCAACGAUCUACUCAAUAGGAUUUGGGGUAAUGCUACUCGACACUAUCCACAUCACGGUGCGUCUUUUUUCAACAAGAAACUGCUCAAGCUGAUCUACCAGACAUUCAAAGAGGAAUUCAAUGUAGUCGUUCCAAGAAAGUUCCGUCAUCCCCAGAUGGUAUCGAUUCCAUUUCUCUACUAUCAUUUUGCAUCGCGAUUCUUCCGUACAUUUACACCGUCCUACAAAUUAAACUACUACGCACAACUGGAAAACUCUGUGGCCAACAUGAGCUAUGUUUACAAUCAUAUCUACAAGACCGAGCCAAAGACAGUAUGUCUCAAUGAUGGACUCGGUAAUAAUCCAAAGCCUGAAGUACUCCAACAACUCGAAGAUUUCUUCAAUCAUCUAUAUCCAGAUUAUUGGCUCGUUCAUAUAAGAGAAAGACACAAGAACAGCAAGAAACAAGAAGAUGCUGCUUCACCUAAAGAUUUCACUAAACAUACAAAGAUUAAAGAGAUGAAACCUUUAAGAAGGAGUAGAAGUUAUCGACAGAUGAAGUAUACCUAUACAUUGGUCUUGGUUUCCGUUUAUGUUGGUAUUAAAGUCAACUCGGAUUUAUUUAGCACAGGUGAAUGGUCAUAUAAUUAUCUCUUCAAAGGAAAAACCUUGUCUAAAUCUUCAUACAUCCCAACCGAUACAUAG